UCGAGAAAAGAGUUCAUGCUGGCCAGGCGAUCUCUCAAGAUGGAGCCACAGGCCCUGAAAGGAAAAACCAAACUUGCUCAGUUCACAAAGGAAGAGUUACAUUUGUUAUACGAAGAAGCCUUGUAUACCUUUGUUCAUCGCAAUGGUAAAGCUUCAGCAUCCCACAAUGCAGACGAGAAAGAGCUCCUUCUUUACCUGCAGAAUGCUUUCCAGAUGGACCAAGAAGAACACAGAGGUAUUCUGGAGCAGAUCAAGCAGCUAAAGCCACCCACUGUCUUCCUGAAGUUAACAGUGAAGGAAGCCCAGGGAAUCUUGGCCAAAGAUGCAACUGGCUACAGUGAUCCUUAUUGUUUGUUGGGGGUGAUGGUACCUGAAGAGCACCAAGAAGAAGAGGCCAGCAAAGCAGACAGUCCCCUGCCCAGGAGACGACAGAAAGCUAUUGUAAAAGAUUCAAUUCCUCAGGAUCAAAUUCAGAGAACAGAAGUCAAGAAGCAGACCCUGAAUCCCAUUUGGAAUGAAACAUUUCUCCUUCAAGUCAAGGAUGUCCAUCAUACUGAAUUGCACAUGGACAUGUGGGACCUGGAUAACGAUGAAUCUGUGAAACACCGACUGGGAGAGAUCCAAGGCAUUGUUGGACUGAAGAGGAUUUUCAAAGAUGUGAAGAAGGCUGCUCGAAAGCAUGAACAGGACGAUUUUCUGGGAAAUGUGAUCAUUAAACUACAGGAUUUACCAUAUACUCCUGAAGAUAAAUGGUAUUCUCUAGGACCUUGUACUGAGACAUAUCCUGAUCGCGGGAAAUGCCAUCUCCAGCUAAAACUUAUCCAUGAAGAGAGGGACACCUCACUGAGCAAACAAGAGCCAGUGUUCCGCAUCCAUCGCAAUCUGCUGCAACAGUUUGUACAGUAUGAUCGACUGCAGAAGCAGACUGAGGCUAUCCAAGGGGAAAUGGAACUCAGUACAUCAGCCAUCACCAUCUUGUCACUUCACGCUACACAGAAUGAUCUCUCACCCUUCCACCAAGAUCUGGCGAAGUGGUUGGCCUAUAGCAAACUGUACCGCCAUGUGGAAGUCAGCUUCAUCUCCUUGCUCCAACAUCUCACCAGCAUUGAGUACCAGUGGGGAUUGGCACAGGUCACACUGCAGCAAGAGGCCCAAGAUGAACUAGCUGAGUCUUUCAAGUCAUUCCUGGAUUAUGGAAUUUCUCUUAUCCAGAAGUACAGGGAUGUCUUUCCAAUGUUUGACAACAAGUCUACAGAACGCCAGCAAUCUCUGCUCAGGGUCCUGGUGCAGAUCUGCAAGAUGAAGGCUUUUCUGAAACUUUGCCCUUCAGUUCCAGAUCUCCAUGACAGAGUUGUGGAAGCGAUUAAGAAUGGCACCAGGGACUGGUAUCAAGUCCAUAAACAGUUAUUGGAACCCAUGAUAAAGACUGAGGAAGAAAUUGUGAAAUCGCUGCUGAUGUUCAUAGACCACCUAAAUAAUGACCUAUUGAACGACCGGAAAAAGCGGAUGAAGAUUUUCAUGGGCACUAUCAAAGUGAAUCUGUUCAAUAUCACCUACUUGCAGUUUCAGGAAUUGGUUGCUCAGGAUCUGCAGGAGCAAGUGAUAAAUAUUGGAGCUGGCAAAUCCAAGGCAACUGUUGAGGGUCUAUUCCAACUCUUCCAGAAGCUCAAACAGCUACAGCAUCAAAAAAUUUACUUAGUACCAAAUGACACCACUCUUCCAUUGGAUGGCUUCCACAAAUGGUUCAGUGAGUCUUUACCCAAGUGGUUGCAGAUGGUAUAUGAGAAUUCGGUGGAGAUGGUUCAGCGGGCUGUGUGGAAAGACCAGCUGGAGUCUCUGGGGGAUAAGAAUAAACACAGUACCUCUGUUGUGGAUAUUGGAACCUGCUUUGCCAAGAUCAAACACACUUGGACAGAGCUGAGUUGGCCAGAACCUGAAGAAGCUUUUGUCAUCAUGGUCAAGCUAACAGAGGACAUGUGCAAGAUUGCAUUGAUGUACUGUCGGCUGAUUGAAGAGAGGGCAGAAGAGCUAUCAGUCAAGCACUAUCAAGUAAACACACGUGAUUCAGACAUCCAUGGAGUGAGGUCACUACAAUUAUGUGUCGUUCUCAAUAAUAUGAAGCAGCUAUGGGAGGUUAUCUCCAAACUUCCAGAGGAACUAGACUGGCAAGGCCUGAAGGAAGACACAGCCGAUAUGAUUCCAGAGGACCAGAUCCAAAGCACACUGCACACUCAACUGGAAACAUUCAAUAGCUCAAUCAACAAUAAGAUCAAAGGUGUGCUCCAAACCCUUGCACAGAAGCUGCAAGCCGACAUAAAGAUUCACAUCUACAACUUGUCAGCAUCCAGUGAUACCAUUCCAUUGGAUGAUGUAAGUAAUACGUCAAUAACACCACCCAAGGAAGUCACAGUUACUGAAAACGGAAGGUUGAGUUGUUUUGCCAGGACACACACUGACUUUUUUGGGGAUGGUGAUGAAUUGGAGCCAUUCUCUGACUUUCUGACUAUUCUCAGCCUUCUAGGUUACCUUUGGACAGAUAUACUUGACAUCAUCUACUCAACGUCACAUCAAGGUGGUGUUUCUCAGAGGUUUUAUUUGAAGCUGAACCAUACUUUGGAGAAUCUGCUGAACUGUUUCCAUGCCGAGGGAAAUGGUUUGUCACUUAAUGAACUACAGACUACCAGUUUCAAGGAUCUGAAGGCUCACCUAUCUCUGAAUGCAGCAAGCACUCACGAGCUAGUCCAGAAGUUUUACGCAAAGAAAAUCCAGCAACAGACUGCUGAUGACUAUUCCAAGUAUGGUGCCGUGACUAUAAAAGUCUGCUACGACACUGAAGGGAAAAGGCUCCAUGUGGAAAUCCUAAAUGCUGUUAAUCUCAUGCCACUGGAUUCCAAUGGUACUAGUGAUCCUUUUGUGGAACUGACGCUGGAACCCAAACACAUCUUUCCACUGGUAGAGAACAAAACAACUAGACGCAUAGAUAAUGACCUCAACCCGCUCUUUGAUGAGGUUUUCGAGUUCAGCAAUGUUACUUCAGAGCAGUGUUGGAGAGAGGGGGCCUGCCUACUUAUUACUGUAUUUGAUCAUGAUACAUUGGUCAGUGACGAUCUAGAAGGGGAAGCUUACUUCUCUCUGCAAGACAUCCCAGGACUGGACACUGAGGAACCUCUCAACAUUAGCAAGGUUCCUCAGAGCCGAUUGGCACUGAGCCAUCCAAAACCAAAUGUAGACAACAUAUUGAAGUUAUUAGAGGCACGAAAAGGAGAUAAGGAUGCUCAGGCAUUUGUCAAAAUACGAAGACAACGAGAAAGGAAGUCAAAGGAAAGAUAAAAGUUGCUGCGACUUUGCAUGCCAACACUGGAAGGAAUCCCAAACACUGGAUUUUCAGGCACCUCAUCUCUUUGGCUCUGUAACAUUGAUGCACAAAUGCUUGAGACUGACUAACACUUAGCAUUAGGCUUUAAUGGAAAAUUGUGAAAAGUAUGAGAUAGUUACCAUUGUGUGUGUCUGAGGGUCUGCAGAUCAAGUUAGCCUGUCUUCCCACCAGUCUUGCUGUGUUAGUGAAGUCAGCUCCUGCUGUGAGAUUUUUGGGGCUUCAUGCUAUUGCUUUCUUUACUGAAAAGACCUCGAUUUCUUUUUGUCUUGAGCUAUUCCUUUUGAUUUCUCAGACUCAUGGAAUGAAAAUUGCAAUUGUCUGCGCUUGCUUUUGUGUUGUCAUCUGUGAAAUGGCAUCUGAAGUGUGCAUUCACAGAUCCUUGUACUGGACUCUAUACUGGUGAGGACAUUUGUGUGCAAAGUGAAUGUCAGCUGUAUGUUUGCAGAGCCAGCAGAGAUCAUGAGAUCAAUCAAGAUGUUAUCUUUCACUGAUUUGAUAUCAGUGGUGCCAUUUUGGAACUCAACAGACUACCAGUGUCUUCAGCCAAAUGUGUGUUUGUGUUUAGUUUGUGUUUUUGUCAUUUUCUCUAAUGCAAGAUUUGUGUUUGCCUCCAGCUUUUGUUUGCCACAGCUACCUGUAUCAGACUUUAUAAAAGCUUGGCCUUGAGUGGAAUCUGUCCUCCUUGAGCACCUAACUUCAGGCUGAAUUUCAGUAAUGCUCAGAAAGUGCUCCAAUACUGGCAGUGUUACACUUUAUACAAAAUGUGAAAAUUCCCAUCAGUUCUGACCAAGAGUUCUCCCUGGUUUCCUGGAUGAUAUUUAUCCCUGGACCAAUACCUGAAAAAAGAUUAUCUGCUCAUUUUGCUGUUUUGUAGGAUCUUGUAUGCAACCUAAUUGUUGCCUGUCCAAUUUUGCAACAGUGACUAUAUUUCAAAAGUAUUUCAGUGACUGUAAAUCUCUUUGAGACAUUCUGGAUCAUGAAAGGUUUUAUAUAAAUGCAAAUCUGUCUGUAUUUCGUUACUAUUUAUUGGACCCUUCUGUGUGCAAAAUUGUAUGAGACAAUUCUGAAAGGGGCGGGAAGGUUUUCUGAAUGUAUCAUAUUGUAGAAGUUCUAUUUAUGCAUUAGAAUUGACUUUAUGAAUAUGUGCUUCCUGAGUAACCUGUGCUUAUCUGGUACACAAGACAUUGUGAUUUCUACACAGAAACUGUUAGUGGGUAAGGCUCCCUGGUGGGACUCUAGGUUCUCCAAAAGGCCUUCUAAAGCCAUCUGACUCAUGGAUAGGCCUGGACACUCUGUGUGUCGAAUGCAUUAAGGAUGAAUUAAUAUCACUGUUCACAAGACAGAUUUUAUUUCUCAAAUAAGACACAUACCUCAGUUAAAAUUUCUCUUGUGCCAACUACAAACAUUGAGUAAAUUGGAAUUUUUAGCAAUUAAAUCUUUGCACCUCCUUUAUCUCUGUGCUUUCUGGUGUAUUUGUUCUCAUACCAGCUGCUGUGGCUCAGCAGUAUUGUCCCUGAAUCAAGAGGGUAUAGGUUCAAGUUACACUUGAGUGUUACUGAAAUAAUGAUAUCCAUCUGACAGCUCUCUGGGAAAUUGAAUACACCCUAUUCCAACUCUUAGCCCUUUUCUUUAUGACUGCCCACAGAACUGGUUCCCAAUCACUGAAAGGGGGCUAAUAUCUUAAAGGUGACAAUCUAGACCUGGGUAACAAUAUUAGGUUGCUAUCAGUUAUCAGAAAAAAUGCUUGAAAGAAUCAUUACAGAUGUAAUAAGUGAUUGCCUGGUUAGGGAUACCAAAUACUGAUAUGCAUCAUAAGAAAAGGUCAAGAAUUACAAAUUUGAUUGCACAUAGAUCUGGAUUGGGAACUGGCUGUGAAGACACAGUGGUGAUAGAUGGAUAGUGGUGAUAGUGGUGGAUUCAGACCAUGAUGGAUCAUCAAUAGUGUUACUGAGGGAUCAGUGUUGGGACUGUUGCUUUAAUAAUGAUGUGGAGAUAUGUGUUGGUGGCAGAAUCUGCAAACUUACAGAUGAUACAAAGAUCUGUGUGAGUGUUAACAUUUUGUACAAAGCUGGAGUGCUUCAAACUGAUCUUAAUAUGCUUAAUAAGAUUUGGAGAUUGAUCUCUGACUGGCAACUGAUAAUGUUUAAUUUGCAGUAUCCAUUUUUGUGUGUGGCCAGGAUAAAUGCUGAAGUUACAGACUGUUCUCGUUCAUGCAGAGUAGUGGGUGCAUUCACAGGAUAACUGAUUGUAAGACUCACUUGGAAUCCUGUGCCCAAUUCUUAAUUGGAGUCAUAAAGCAAUGAAAUAGGCCACAUUUGGAGCACUGUGUGCAAUUCUAGUUGCCCUGCUAUAGGAAGGAUGUUAUUAAAUUUUGAAA